AUGGCUGACACCGAACUCAAGAUGGCCGUCUCACACAGCGAGAGGAGAGACUCCAAGGGCGCUGGAGACACUGCGAUCCUCGUGCCAGAGAAGCUAUCAACACAUAUCAGGCGAAAGUUCGAUCGACACGUCAUGCCUCUCGUCUGCGUCCUCUACGUCCUAUCCUACCUCGAUCGCGGAAACAUUGGCAAUGCCAAAACAGCCGGAGCCCAAGACGAUUUGGGGCUCAGUGACUCCCAGUGGGCUUGGGUUCUGAACUCAUUCUACAUCUGCUACACACUCUUUGAGUGGACGACUCUGCUGUGGAAGCUUCUCCCAGCUCAUCUCUACAUCUCGACUCUAUGCCUUCUCUGGGGAGUCGUUGCCACUUGUACCGGUACCGUCAAGAACAUGGCCGGUCUCUGCGCCUGCAGGGCUGCAUUGGGUAUCCUCGAAGCCGCCUUUGGCGCGGGCGCCCCAUACUUUCUCUCACUCUUCUAUCAGCGUCGAGAAUUAGGACUUCGUGUCUCCAUCCUUAUCGGAAUGUCGCCUCUGGCAAACUGCUUUGCAGCCUCCCUCGCGUACGGCAUCGCUCAGAUUAACGCAUCUCUGGAGCCAUGGAGGCUCAUUCUUCUUCUCGCUAUAGAGGGUGCUCCCGCCAUCAUCGUUGCGCCUUUCGUUUACUUCUCCCUUGCCGACUCUGCCCAGAAAGCCAAAUUUCUAACCGAAGAUGAGAAGGAGGCAGCAACUGCUCGACUCGGCACGAGAGACACCACCGAAAAGACAAAGCUCAACUGGAAGCAAGUCACAGCCGGCCUCAGCGACUACCAGCCCUACGUGCAUGCUCUCAUUCACUUCUGCUGCAACUACUCAUUUGCUGGUCUCGCCAAUUUCCUUCCGACUAUUGUGCAGGCUUUGGGAUACAGCAGCAUCAAAGCUCAAGGCCUGACUACUCCUCCAUAUGCAGCCGCCUUUAUCCUUUGUAUCGCAGCAGCUUUCUUUUCGGACAAGUUUGGACACCGCGGAUUCGUGAUUGCCGGCUGCUCGGCCAUGGCGGGUAUCGGAUACCUGCUCCUCGCCAUUGUCGAAGACACUACCAGAAUGAACAUUCGCUACCUCGGAAUAUGGUUCGCCGUCAUGGGCGUCUUUCCUUCGCUCACUCUUAAUAUCACUUGGCUUCUUAACAACCAAGGUGGUGAGACGAAGCGCGGCAUCGGAAUCGCAGUCAUCGCCAUUUUGGGACAAUGCAGUUCGUUCCUCAGCAGUGCCAUGUAUCCCAAGAAGGACGCUCCCUUCUUCGUGCGGGGCUGCGCCAUCGGCUGUGCCCUCACUUUCAUGAUUACGAUUCUCUCUCUAGGCUUACACUUCAAGCUCGACCACGAGAAUCGCAAGAGGGACCGCGAGUUUGGGCCGGUCGAGGACCAUGAACAGCUGGACGUGACUCUUAUGGGAGACAAGCACCCUAAGUUCCGGUACCUCACUUGA